AUGCCGCCAAGACGAAAUGUACCUGCGGGACGUGACAACGCCACCACGGCAAUGGAUCGUAUGGCUUUGGCAAUGGAACAGAUGGCUGAGUUUAUGAUGGCUCAGCAGGCAAAUCAAAACCAGGGACACCCUCGGGUCGACUUUGCUAAAGCCAUAGCAAGUAGACACCCACCGAAUUAUGCGGGAGAAGAUGACCCAGUGGUUUUGGAAGAAUGUAUACGGACAUUUGAUAAACUGCUUGACGCAGUAAAUUGCCCGGCGAAUCAACGAGUGUCUUCUGCGGUUUAUUACUUGACGAAAGCCGCAGAUAACUGGUGGGCAGCGGCUGGACCUGAACUCCUACAAAACCCAGACUUUGGUUGGGAGGAAUUUAAGGAGGAAUUGAGGGGACAAUUUUACACGGAACGAAUCAAGGGAAUCAAGUGCGAAGAAUUCUUGCGACUGAAGCAGAAAGGAGAAACUGUUCAGGUCUACUAUGACCAGUAUGUGGAGCUGAUGAGAUUUGCUCAGGAUAUUGUGCCAGACGAGGCAAGCAAGGCAAGAAGAUUUGUGCGAGGACUGGAUUGGGACGUGAGAAGGGCAAUCGCAUCAUUUAUGUUCUCCAAUCUCAAGGAGGCAUAUAAUCGGGCAUCGGAUCAGUACCAAGUGUACCUGGAUCAACAGGAAGUUUACGGCAGGAACAAGAGGAAAGUUGAUGACAAACAGAGGAGAUUCAAGGUGGAUGAUCGGAAGUCUAACCAAGGGAAAUUUCAACCAAAGCAAGGAGAGAAGAGGGGAGGAACAGACCAAGGGAAGCAGUCUGCUUGCGGCAGAUGUGGAAAGAGCCAUCCUGGAGAAAAUUGCCAAGGGGUGAGAAUAAGGGUAGAAAACCUCCGAAACUCCUCGCAGAAUACCAGGCAAGGAGGAGGAUUCAAUGGGAACAACGACCGGAAACCUGCGGAAUCAGGUAACAGGGGAGUUAAUUCUCCACAAGUGAACCGGGGAAGACCAGCGAACGCUGCUACAGGUUCGAGCGACAAAGGGAAGUCACCAAUGGGAGAAAGCAGCACAGGGAACCAAGGACAAAUCUACGUCGUCAACAGCGCUCAAGCUUAG